UUGCGCGUGCGCGCUGACAGCCGCUUGUAGAGUAACUCAGAUCGCCAUUAUGGAUCCAGUCUGGAGGCAGCAGGGACGAGGUCGGGGUCAGGGUCAGGGGAGAGGUCAGGUGACCGGUAACCCCUCAUCAGGACGUGCACGGGGAGCUGUGGGGUCACAGGUCAAAGCGUCGUCUCAGUCUAGGUUUGAUGAGAUCCAGAAGUCAGACCGGGCGGCUGCUCAGAGACUGACCACAGACACGUACAGCUCUUCCUCCGAGGAUGAGGAUGAUGAUGAUAGUGAAGAUGGAGGGAAGCGGGGGAAGAUUCUCAAGUCUGCUCUGUCUCCAUAUGCCUCUCACACAGGUGACACCGAUGGCCGUCUUCUGGAGCAAACACGCCAUUAUCUACAUGAAGUGUGUCAGUCUGGAGGAGUUACGUGUCUCAUCUGCAUCGCUUCUGUUAGAAGGACGCAGCCGGUGUGGAGCUGUGUGGGCUGCUACUGUAUCUUCCAUAUAACCUGCAUUCAGAAAUGGGCCAAAGACUCCAUCUUCCUGGUGUCCUCAGUGACUGACGAGGAUUUUGGGAAAAAGGAUCACCCGUGGCCAUGCCCAAAGUGCAGGCAUGAGUACAGUCCUCAUCAGACGCCCACUCGCUACUACUGUUACUGCGGGAAAGAGGCGGAGCCUGCACCAGACCCCUGGCUCCUCCCACAUUCCUGUGGCCAGGUGUGUGGCCGAGAGUUCAAACCUUCAUGUGGACAUCGCUGCCUACUGCUGUGUCAUCCAGGCCCGUGUCCCCCCUGCCCACAGAUGGUGAGUGUGUCGUGUCUGUGUGGGAAAUCGUCUCGUGUUCCUCGCCGCUGCAGUGCUAAAGCCUGGAGCUGCACCAAGAUCUGUGGACGGAAACUGCCGUGCCGAACACACACCUGUGCAAACACCUGUCAUGCAGGCGAGUGUGCGGCAUGCCCGAGGGUCAGUCUGCAGGCGUGUGCGUGUGGCCGACAGCGAGCAGAGAGACCCUGCGCCAGUCCAGAGUGGCACUGUGACCAGGUGUGUGGUCGUCCGCUGUCCUGUGGGAAUCACAAGUGUGAGCGUGUGUGUCACGCAGGUGUGUGUGGAGAAUGUCCUCGUGCAGGAAAUCGCUCCUGUUCUUGUGGAAAGACAAAGAGUGUGUUGCCAUGUACUGUGGAUGUACCCACCUGUGGAGACACCUGCGGGAAGAACUUGGACUGUGGUUUACACACCUGCUCAAUGCGCUGCCACAGAGGAGCCUGUGAGACCUGCCGACAGGAAGUAGAAAAGACCUGUCGAUGUGGCCGUUACAGCAAACUCCUGCCUUGUCAUAAGGAAUAUCUCUGUGAGUCCAAAUGCAACAAGACUCGGGCCUGCAGCAGACACCAGUGCAAGAGGAAGUGUUGUCCAGGAAACUGUCCUCCGUGUGACAUGAACUGCGGUCGCAUGUUGGGCUGCAGGAACCACAAAUGCCCAUCCGUGUGCCAUCAAGGCAGCUGUUAUCCAUGUCCGGAGAUGGUCAAGGUUGGUUGUGAGUGCGGCUCCACCGUGAUCUCUGUACCCUGUGGGAGAGAGCGAAGCACCAAACCACCUCGCUGUAAAGAGCUCUGCAAGAAACCUCCGUCAUGUCAUCACGCAUCUCAGGAGAAGCACCGCUGUCACUUCGGCCCUUGUCCUCCCUGUAAGCAGCCUUGUCAGCUGACGUUAGCAGGCUGUGUGCACUUGUGUCCCGCCCCAUGUCACGACCAGGUGCUGGUGAAAGCCACUGACCGGGCUAAUUUGGCUGGUCCGUGGGAACAACCCUCGACUCCUGCAUUUGUGCGGACGGCUCUACCAUGUCCUCCCUGCUUGGUUCCCAUACCAACAGCCUGUCUGGGAGAACAUGAGGUGAGUCCAGUACCGUGUCACGCCCGUGGGCCGUUCUCCUGCGGCCGGUUAUGUGGACGAACUCUAUCUUGUGGUAACCACAAAUGCAGUCUGGAGUGCCAUCAUGUGACCCCCACACCCAACAGCGAUAAGACUAUGGCUGGUCAGGAGUGUGUGCGCUGUGAGGAGGGCUGUGUGAAGCCCCGUCCUGCAGGCUGUGCACACCCAUGUGUUCUGCCCUGCCAUCGCUCCGCCUGUCCUCCCUGUCAGCUGAUGCUCCGCCAGCGCUGCCACUGCAAGAUCUCCAGCCUCUACAUCGAGUGUCUGAAGUUUACAUCUGCUGAUGAACAAGACAAACAGCUGCUGAUGUCCUGCCAGAAUCAGUGUCCAAAACAGCUGCUGUGUGGCCAUCGCUGUAAGCUUCUGUGUCACGCCGGUGAUUGUGACCAGAACUGCGGUCAGAAGGUGAAGAUCAGGUGUCCCUGCAAGAGGAUCAAAAAGGAUUUCCCCUGCUCUCGUGUGCAGUCGCAGGACGGUUUGCUGGUGUGUGAUGAGACGUGUCAAACGUUGCAGAAGAAGCAUGCUGAGGCUUGUGCGGCGGAGGAAAGAGCCCUGCUGGAGGGAGAGAUGAGGAAACAGCAGGCUGAACUGGAGGCGUUCGAGAAGCGCCAGAAAGGACGAAGGAAGAAGAACCGGAAAGUCACUGAGGUGGAGAUGGACGAGGGGGUGUGGCACAGAUAUAAGCUCCGCCUCCUGUUGCCCUUCUGUGGUGUUCUAUUGGCUGUAGCAGCGUUCUAUCUGCUGAAAUUGACCAAUGAGGUGACGGACAGUGAGAGCGCUGGUCACUAAACACACCCCCGCUAGACAAACGUGAACGUCUGCAGUGUCCUCAAUAUGGCCGAUGUUUUUCUUAUUUUACGAACUAAAUCUCUCAUUUUGAGGGUUUUCCUCCUUUAAAGGGGCGGUUCACACAAAAC